CACAGCAGUAGCAGUGAAGGAGGAGGAGCAGCCUGCAGCACCUCCUGCAGCAGUGAAGAAGGAAGAGGAGGAGUAUGUGGUGGAGAAGGUUUUGGACCGCAGAGUCGUAAAGGGAAGAAUUGAGUUUCUGCUGAAAUGGAAGGGGUUCUCAGAUGAGGAUAACACAUGGGAGCAACAAGACAACCUGAACUGCCCCGACCUUAUCACCGAGUACAUGCAGAAACACAAGGGGGAGGAGGAAGAGAAGAAGAAGGAGGGCAAGAGGAAAGUUGUCAGUGAGGCCUCGGGAGACUCAGAGGAGCGAGAGAGCAAGAGGAAGAAGGAGGAGAAACGGAGAGGAGGAGAGGGACCCAAACAUCACCACUGUCAGCACUGUGACAAAUCCUUCACGACAUCUGGAUCUUUGAAGAUUCAUCAGAGAGUUCACACUGGAGACAAUCUACACAGCUGUGAUCAAUGUGGGGCAGCUUUCAUAAAACAGAGUCACCUAAAAACACAUCAACGCAUUCACACUGGAGAGAAGCCGUACAGCUGUGAUCAAUGUGGGAAAACCUUUUCUCGGAGUAGUAACCUUAAAAGACACCAGCUCAUUCAUACUGGAGAGAAGCCUUACAGCUGUGAUUUAUGUGGUAAAACCUUUGCAGAGAAUGGUAGCUUAGAAAAACACCGACAUGUUCACACUGGAGAGAAGCCGUACUGGUGUGAUCAAUGUGGGAAAACUUUUUCUCAGAGUAGUCACCUUAAAUCUCACCAGCUCAUUCACACUGGAGAUAAACCUUACAGCUGUGAUCAAUGUGGGAAAACUUUUACUCAGAAUGUUCACCUUGAAUGCCACCGACGUGUUCAUACUGGAGAGAAGCCGUACUGGUGUGAUCAAUGUGGGAAAACUUUUUCUCACAUUAGUAACCUUAAAAAACACGAGCUCAUUCACACUGCCUCGUAGUGAACAUGUUUCCGAGCCAAGCUGUUUCCUCCUGCCUCCUCCUCAUGCCCUGAUAGCUGUGUUGUUAUAUUCUGAUCUUCUCUCCACAUUGAAGGCUGACCA